CCAAGUACGGCCCUUCACCCAACAUAUCUCCUCCUCAACUCGCUCGGCCCCAACUAUAUCCGUGCUCAAUUGAAAAAGAGAGAAAAAAAAGAGACCAUGUGCGGCGAAGAAACCCCCUCCUCCACGCCCCGCGUCGGCGCCCGCGUAGACUUCUAUCCCGCCUCCGGCCUCCAACACACCCACCUCCCCGUGGGCAACCUGGUCUUCCUGAACCCAUCCUCUCCGUCCAGCUGCCACGCCACACAUGUGCGGUUCUCACAACGACCAUCAACAUCAACAACAGCAACAGCAACAACAACAACAACAACAACCCACACUCACGAGGAUGGUGAUGAGAGCGUGUUAGUGUCGAUCCAUAUGACAGGCGACCUAACAAAGCCCCUGGCUGACUCCGGCCUGCUGCGGCGCUUCACCUUUCGUCCCAACAGCAGCAGCAGCAGCAGCAGCAGUCGGAAGGACGACGACGGAGUGGAGAUGCCGCUCCCGGGCGAGGCUCUGUCGCUGAACGUGGGCAACGACGGGAUCAUUGGGCGGCGGGUGUCGAUGAUGCGCGGCAACGAGGUCUUGGCUGAUGGGAUCGUGGGGUUCAACUUCCUGCCGGUGGUUGCUGCGGAUGCUUAAGAGAAGAGACCUUCAGUAUCUGUUGUUGACUUGGUCGUUGUGUGUGGGUCUCGGCAUUGCAACGGCGCAUGGCGUUCAGGGCACCAGUACAUUUGGUGUCGAACUCGGUUUAGGCGGCAUCUUUGGGGUGGAAGUCUAAGACAACACAGCAGAAUGGAAGAACGCAUAAGCUUUGGCACAUAGCUCAUGGGGACAA